AUAUCCCCGAUGAUGACACAGAUGAGGGUUCCUGGCCAGCCUUGUGGUCUGAAAGCCAGGCUAGGGAAUUUAAAAACAGGCAUCCUUGGUUGGAGUGGAGGGAAAGAAAGUUAGGUUGUGCUCUUUGCAACUCUACAAAAUCAACUGCUGUCCUCACAGAAGAACGAGUGUCCAUGUCUGAGGAGUGGGUGCAGUUUAAGAUCCAGGCCUCGGGUUCAAGCAGAUCAACAUCUCUGGCCUCUUUGAGAAACAAGAUUAGACGACAUGAGGUAUCCAGAGCACACAAAAUAGCCCAGGAGCUCAUUGAGAAGGGUGAACAGGAUUUAGUCGGAAAUAUGGUGAAAGCCUUGUCAGAGACUGUGUUUGCAGAGACAGAUUCUGUAUUCAGAACAGCAUACUAUCUUGCAAAGAUGAGCCGACCCUUUACUGAUCAUGAGAGUCUCAUUGAACUUCAGGAAAAAAAUGGUGCCAACAUGGGCACUAAUCUGCACUCGAGGUACAGUUCAACAAAAAUUGUAGAACACAUAGCAAAAGAGAUGCAGGAGAAGAUAGUCCAGAGUAUUGUGACGUGUUCAAGCAAGUUGUCUGUUCUCAUUGACGAAGCUACAUCUCUCAGCCACAAAUCUGCAAUGAUUGUUAACUUGAAAGCCUCAGUGGAUGGAGGUACUCCUGAAUUUUUGUUCCUGGAGCUGGUUGAGCUGGAGAGCCAAAGAGCAGUGGAUAUAGAAGAAGCUCUGCUGAACUGUUUGGACACUGCAGGCUUCACUGAAGAGUGGCUUCAAAAGAACUGGGUCUCAUUUGUUUCUGAUGGAGCCAGUGUCAUGUUAGGCAAGAACUCUGGUGUGGCAACCAGGCUCACCGCAAGGUACCCUAACCUCUUCACAUGGCAUUGCAUGAACCACCGUUUGGAACUGGCUGUAUCUGAUGCUGUGGAUGAGGUUCAGGCAGUCAAUCACUUCAAAGUGUUUCUAGAGAAGAUCCACAAUCUCUACAGUCAGUCCAACAAAAAUUCACGGGAGCUUCUAGGAGCAGCAAAAGAACUGGGCUCGCAAGUGCUGAAAAUAGGCAGAGUUUUAAAUACGAGAUGGGUGGCCAGCAGUUUCCGUUCUGUAAAGGCUGUGUGGACAUCAUAUGAGGCACUAAACAGACAUUUUGAAAAUGCUGCAGGAGACCCAACAAGAAGCAGCAAAGAGAGACAAACUUACAGAGGCCUGGCAUGUCGAAUGCAAAGCAAAGAAUUCCUUUGUGACCUGGGACUCAUGUAUGAUGCACUAAGUGAACUUGGAAACCUGUCUCAGCAACUCCAGGCCCAUUCUCUCACACUCCUGAGAGCAGACCAGCUUCUAAAGCGAACCAUAAGAGUGCUGGCAUCGUUCAAAGAUAGUCCAGGAGAGAAACUAGAGGAGGCACUGACUGCGCAAACGUUAGGACAUUUAGGCUCUGUUCCCUUAGAGUCAAAUGGAAAGCUCAGACCAAUAGAUGCUAAACAAUUCCUACAAAGUCUGAUUAACAAUCUGGAGAAGCGCCUGUCAUUUGAUGGUGAAAUGCUUCACGAUCUCAGUGUUCUGGAUACAGGCAACUGGCCAUCAAGCCCUGGCAUUCGGCAUGGUGAGGCACAAGUGAAAAGACUCUGCAGGCGAUUCAAUCUUGGUGAGGAGCAAGCAGUUAAUGGUAUGAGAGAUUUCCUUGAGCACCCAGACAGUGAGCCUGAAAACCUAAAGCCACUCAUGCAGUGCAUGCAAACCAUCCCCUGCAGCACUGCUGAGUGUGAAAGGGGCUUCAGUCUCAUGAACAAUAUAUGCACAGACAAGAGAUCUACACUGUUGUUGUCAAAUGUAAGUCAUUUGAUGAUGAUCAGCAUCAAUGGGCCCCCUUUAACACUUUUUGAGCCAAGGAAGUAUGUAAAAACAUGGCUGAGAACCCAUCGCUCUGCCACUCAAACAAGGAGGCCAUGCACACCUCAGAUGCCUGAGAAUAAAAAUGUCUGGAAAGUCCUGUAG